AAAAUUAUCUUAGUUAAACAAUUGUGUUCUGUGUACCGUAAAUUUUGCAGUUAAUUAAAAACCGAAAGUUGAAACUGUGUGUGCGUGUUUCGCGAAAACAUCCCAAGCCCUUACACACGAUACGGCGCAGUGAAUAAAGUUUAGCAUUCUUAAGCGAAACAUUCGUUUUCAAAACGUUCGCCAACAUGGAGGAAAGUAAAGUAAAACUCACCGAAAUCAACUUAUCCGAAGACCCGGCGGUCACCCUUACAAUACGACUCAUCAUGCAAGGCAAGGAGGUCGGAAGCAUCAUUGGAAAAAAGGGAGAAAUCGUUAAGCGUUUUAGGGAAGAGUCGGGUGCAAAAAUCAACAUAUCAGACUGCUCGUGCCCGGAACGAAUCGUUACGGUCUCCGGAUCAAGAAGUGCUAUCUACAAAGCCUUUACACUUAUUACAAAAAAGUUCGAAGAGUGGUGUUCACAGUUUCAAGACAAUACAACUGCACAGGGUAAAACGCAAAUUCCAAUUCGCUUGAUUGUGCCAGCUAGUCAGUGCGGCUCGUUGAUCGGAAAAGGCGGCUCGAAAAUCAAAGAAAUUCGAGAAAUUACGGGGUGUUCGAUUCAAGUUGCAAGUGAAAUGUUGCCAAAUUCUACGGAACGUGCUGUCACACUUAGUGGAUCAGCGGAAUCAAUCACGCAAUGUAUCUAUCACAUAUGUUGUGUUAUGCUGGAGUCCCCUCCCAAGGGAGCCACCAUUCCGUAUCGACCAAAACCACAAGUCAAUGGUCCGGUAAUCGUGGCUAAUGGACAGGCUUACACCAUCCAGGGCAACUACGCGGUUCCAGCGCAAGAAGUAUCAGGAAUCGCCAAAAAUCCGCUCGCUGGACUGGCGGCGCUAGGAUUAGCCGGUGCGAUUCCCACAAACACCGGAGGGCUCAACCCAACUGCUCUCGCCGCUUUGGCCGGUUCUCAACUGCGAACCAACAACAACCGCAACGUAGCUCAAGUUCAGUCGCAAUCGCAUGAAAUGACCGUACCCAACGACCUGAUAGGCUGCAUCAUCGGUAAAGGCGGCACCAAGAUUGCCGAAAUACGCCAAAUCUCCGGCGCUAUGAUCCGCAUUUCCAAUUGCGAGGAGCGUGACAGCGGAAAUACCGAUCGCACGAUCACCAUAACGGGCAAUCCAGACUCGGUCGCGCUGGCCCAGUACUUGAUCAACAUGAGCGUCGAACUUCAGAAGGCGAAUUUAGGCGACGAAGCGAGCACGGCAGCGGUCACUGCCACUGCGCAGGGGGCCGGCGGUGCUCAGCCGGCCGCGACCGGACUAGUGCCACCGUCGGCGGCGGCGGCCACGGUAGCUGCCGCGGCAUCUGCGGCCGCAGCGGCGGCGGCCAGCUCGAAUGUCACUGGCGCGACGGCGGUCGGUGCAAAUGCGGCCGCUGCUGCAGCUGCUGCCGCUUCGGUCGCAAAUCCGCUGGCCACGGCCAUCCCGUUGGCGCAACUGUUGUCUAAGCCGGGGGCGCUCAAUGCGUUGACAAGCCUAUCGGCACUCGGUGGUCUCACCGAUUUGCUUGGCAAUCUGUCCAGCGGUGCAACUGCCGUGACACCGAUCCAGACAACCGGUGUCAAUCGAUCAAAAACUACUCGAAUGCGCUCUCCAAACACCAACAACAGCCUAAACGGCGAUAGUAGUAAGAAGAGUGAGCGCAACAAGUUCAAUCCAUACUAAAGACUAGCAGGCACUCUACUAUCGCUAACUUCUCUCUGUAGUCGAGAACGGUAGCCUGUGGUCGAGCGAUCGCCAAGCGCACGAUCAGAAGCAGACCAGCUAGGAGCAUAUUAGGAGGAUGAAACAUGGGCAGACAUGAGCUUCAUCUCAUGGAUAUUGAGAUAACAUACAUAACACACUGUAACUAAUAAGGCAGCGCGUGUUGAACGGAAACAGAACACGGAACGAAAGAACGUGAAAGGCAGGAGUGCAAGAGCAGUCGAUUGUUUUCUACAUCGUGUUGUUUGUGUACAGUAGAGCUGUACACAUCUAAUUGCAUUCAUAUAAACAUCCUUCAUGUGCACACCCUUCUGAUCAGGUUACAUUUACAUCGUGUCUACGUGGAAGCGUGGCAAAAGUUCGACGUGGUUCACAUUCCCGUUUGGCGCGCGUCACAGACCCUUACUUUCUUUUCUAAAGUCUAUCGAAUGAAGAAAUUUUAAAGCUAUUGGACAAUUUAUUUUAACUCACAUCGGAUACGGAUUCACUCAAAUUUUUGUGCUGCUGCCAGUGAACGUUGAAAGGGCGGAAUAAUUUAAAUUGGUCGUUUUAAUGAUUCCAUAGCCGCCAUAGCUCUUCACAUAGAUGUGUGUGUACGUGUGUCUGUGAAAGGAAACGGAAGGAUGAAUAAAUAAUUGGAAUAUAAAGUGUGCUAAAGACAUAUUACUUCUUAAAAGCCAAGCCUGCAACGGGGUCGUUUUGCAACAAUGUCUUACUUGUAUCUUUCUGCUAGUGAUAAGGAUAUUCGUGUGAUGUCAGAGAAUACGUGGCAUUUGUAGCUUUACAUUACAUACAUUUUAUAAGUGUUCGUUCGUCAUAUUCGUUUGAUAGAGACCUUCCCGGGGAGGAGCCGCUCGAGCCCCAUUCUGUAGACUUGGUAACAGUUCUUUUAUUGCCCUGUUCAUUGCCUUUCGCGCGAGGUUAUGUCCCUUAUCUGGAAAAAGGCCGAGCGCGAGUUAAAAAUACUUUUUCGUGUCCAUAGGGACACGAUUCACAGUUAGCGAAGAAUUACGGUACGAUUAUAUUUUUAGCAGCCUAGCUCGAUAAGGAUUUUAAAAAAUGUCUCUUACCAAUACUCUCUACUUCCUGCGGGCCGCCAUUUUCUGUUUGGUAUCGCCUGUAUCGUGCUCUGUAAUCCGUCUAGUGCGAUAUGUUGUGUCAUUUUAUUUUUGUCGUGCAUAAGGGCGCAACGCUUGCCAAGAGGGAAAAUGUAACGUUGGGUUCUGGGUCUGCGAAACAAUCUGAUGAUGGUAGAAAGUAGACGGACAUGCUCGGCUUGCGCGCGAGAGAGGAUAGGAAUAGAAAAUGAAAUUAGGGUGCAACACACCAGCGGGCGGCGCCGCGCACCACCAGGCUCCAAUCGCAGUAGAAUAUUGCAAGCAUCCGCAUCCACACACCAUUUCAGAACUGAUUUUGGAUGGAUUAAUUUUAAACCUUCUGCAAAUUUGUUAUUUUCCUUUUUGGUGGGCUGUGCCGCCAUACUUCCAACUGUGGCAGUCCCGAUCUAAAAUUAUCUAGCAAACCCCCUGUACUUCGAACCAGGGCGCAUCUCUUGUGCGCCACGAGCCAUGGAAACUCUGACUGAUCCGUCACCUCUUUGCUUGCCUUUUGCUUUGUUCUUGUGCUUUAAU